CACAAAUGGAUGGAUGGAUAUGACUUUAUCUUUUCCGAAAAAUGAUAUUCGAUCUCGCACAGACAUUUGGUUUCCAGCGCGUUUUGGUCAUGGCUCCACAUCCUGUCGUCCAGGCUAUCAUAGACUUCACAGCUGGAGCAGCAGGUGGUACUGCUUGUGUUCUCAGCGGCCAGCCUCUGGAUACCGUGAAGGUGAAGAUGCAGACGUUCCCCGCCAUGUACCGCGGCUUCAUCCACUGCUUCAUGUCCACCUUCAGACAAGUUGGGGUCCGGGGCCUUUACAAGGGCACCAGCCCGGCGCUGAUCGCCAACAUCAUGGAGAACUCCGUGCUCUUUCUGAGCUACGGGUUCUGCCAGGACGUGGUCCGCUCUUUGUUCGACAUUGAGGCCGCCCGCGAACUCAGUGACAUUCAGAAAGCUUUCUCCGGGUCCCUGGCCGCCAUCUUCACCUCCACGGUGCUCUGCCCCACCGAGCUGGUCAAAUGUCGCAUGCAGGCCAUGUACGAGAUGGAAGCCUCCGGCAAGAUCGCCCGCGGCCAACAAAGCAUGUGGACGGUGGUGAAGAAGGUGCUGGAAAGAAACGGUCCGCUGGGUUUCUACCAGGGCUUGACGACCACCAUGGUGAGGGACUGCCAGGGUUACUUCUGCUUCUUCGGCGGCUACGAAGUCAGCCGGUCCAUGUUUGCACAUCACAUGGGCACGGACAAGGAGGGCAUAGGCAUUCUUCCACUUAUGUUCAGCGGCGGCUUCGGGGGCGCUUGUCUUUGGCUCCUGAUCUAUCCCAUCGACUGCGUCAAGUCCAGGAUCCAGGUCUACUCUUUAGCCGGGGUGCAGGAGGGCUUCCUAAAGACCCUCGUGGAGAUCAUCCGCAACGAGGGGGUCAGUGCGCUCUACUCAGGCCUCAUGCCCACCAUGGUACGCACCUUCCCUGCCAACGGCGCCCUCUUCCUGACCUACGAGCUCACUAGAACUUUUUUAAUGGACGCAGCCAGCACCUAAUGUGAGAUAUUUCUAUAACGACUUGGGAUGCAUGUCUGAUGUGUCCUACGGCAGGACUCCGGAGACCGAUGAGCGUUGUCAUCAGGUUUAAUUCAAAAGGGUGAAACUAAAAAGACAAACAAUACAGUCACCCUCUGUUGCGAGUUUAUUGUGACUAAAUGUAACGUGUUUAUGUUUGCAUUGCAAAUUAGGUUUUUUCCCUUGGACUCAGUCUGGACCCCCUCUUGCGGAUCCAGCCUUUGACUGAUAUUUUUUUACUCUCCCCCCCUUUCCCAAUAUCACCUUUUUCUCACCUUUUUUUAAGGAGCGCCGUAAAAAUGGCUGCCCCGUCGGCGGUCUUGUCUUGUCUCCCUGUAACGUAUGUCUGCUCUUAGUGGGACUGUGCCGAAAAUAUACUUUUCAGUUCUUAUGUGUCUAGUGCAUGUUAA